AUGUCAAGAGAAUUCUCAUUGGUGGUUUUUGGAGCCACAGGCUACACGGGCAAACUGGUAUGUGAGUACCUUGCACGUCUUGGUUCAGCAAAUGUGGGAUCUUGGGCAAUUGCAGGCCGUAAUAAGGAGAAGCUGGAUGAACUAAAGAAGGAACUUGGCGUGGACAUCGCUGUGCUUUCUGCAGAUAUUACCAACCCCAGUUCCCUUGACAAAGUCUGUGCUGGUACCAGCGUGCUCAUUUCCUGUGCAGGUCCCUUUACACAGGUUGGGAUGCCUGUUGUUGAGGCCUGCGUGCGAUGCCGUACGCACUACGUGGACUCAACAGGUGAGUAUAAUUUUGUCCGUCAGGUCAUUGAACGAUUUAACGAGGAAGCGAAGAAACAGGGUGUUGCUCUGGUGUCCUGUUGCGCAUUUGACAGCGUCCCUGGGGACCUGGGCAACUACGUUGUGCAUCAAGGCCUUGGUGCACAGGUGAGCGAAGUAAGGGCGUUUUACCAGCUGUCGGGUGCCGGGAUGUCGGGCGGCACGGCACGCUCUGUCUUUGCGCUUCGUGAGGCGUGCUGCCCGGAAGACAGCGAUCCAUACAGCUUGCUCCCGACGGAUGCUCCACGCCCCGUUACAGCGCCCACGCGGAGAGGUUUGUGGUACGAUGUUUCGGAGAAGAGGCUGACGGGGCCGUUUGUGAUGGCUGCCACCAAUGAGCGCGUGGUGCGUCGCACGAAUGCCUUGCUUGGCUACGGAGGCACCUACGUGGAGGCACAGGAGGGAACACUUGGAGUUGUUGCCGCUGCAACUAUCACG